AUGACUGGGAGCUUCGCCUCGCCGUCGGCGGAUGCCACCGUCUCCCCCCAACUGUUCGCGCCCGGUCUCCUCGCCACGGUGCUCGAUGGUUUUAAUGUCUGGAAGGGAUUGCUGACACUGUUCAUUGCUGCCGUCAUCUAUGAUCAGUUCAAGUACCACUACUACAAAGGCUCGAUUGUCGGUCCCGCAUAUAAGUUCCCUUUUAUGGGCCCGUUCCUGCAAUCCGUCAACCCCAAGUUUCAUGAAUACAAGGCGAAAUGGGACAGUGGAGAUCUGAGCUGUGUUUCCGUCUUCCACAAGUUUGUAGUGAUUGCGUCUACUCGUGACAUGUCCCGGAAGAUCUUCAACUCGCCCGGCUACGUUAAGCCCUGCGUCGUGGACGCCGCACACAAGCUUCUCGGCAAGACCAACUGGGUGUUCUUGGACGGCAAGGACCAUGUCGAUUACCGGAAGGGUCUGAACGGUCUCUUUACACGCCAGGCCCUGUCGCUCUACCUGCCGCGCGCUGAAGAAGUCUUCAACGACUACUUCAAGCGCUUCCUGGAGAAGUCCACCGCCAACAACUUUCAGCCUACCCCCUGGAUGCCCGAGUUCCGUGAGCUCAUGUGUGCGCUUUCCUGCCGGACAUUCGUCGGCUACUACAUGCCCGAUGAAACCAUCCAGAAGAUUGCCGACGACUAUUACCUGAUUACGGCCGCGCUGGAGCUCGUGAACUUCCCCAUCAUCCUACCGUACACCAAGACCUGGUACGGCAAGAAGGCUGCCGACAUGGUGCUCGAGGAAUUCUCCAAGUGUGCCGCCAAGAGCAAGGCCCGCAUGGCCGCGGGUGGUGACAUUUCGUGCAUAAUGGACGCUUGGGUCAAGGCGCAGUUGGAUUCGGCCAAAUACCGAGAGAAGAUCGCCAAGGGAAUCCAGGUGGAUUCGUCGGAGAAGCCUUCCCAGGUUUUGCGUGACUUUACCGACUUUGAAAUCGCCCAGACCGUGUUUACGUUCCUGUUCGCUUCGCAGGAUGCGACCAGUGCUGCCUCGACCUGGCUGUUCCAGCUGAUGGCGGACCGCCCGGAUAUCCUGGACAAGGUCCGUGAGGAGAACCUCAGCAUUCGCAACGGCGACCCCACCGUCCCUCUUUCGAUGGAUCUGCUCGACAACCUGCCGUACACCCGUGCCGUCGUCAAGGAGACCCUGCGCUACCGCCCUCCCGUCAUCAUGGUCCCUUACCUGGUCAAGAAGGAUUUCCCCAUCAGUGAAAAGGUCACCGUCUCCAAGGGUUCCAUGAUUAUCCCGUCCGUGUGGCCGGCAUGCCACGACGAGGAGGCCUACCCCAACGCAGACUCGUUCGACCCGGACCGCUGGAUCACUGGUACCGCCGAGCAGCAGUCCAAGAACUGGCUGGUCUUUGGCACGGGUCCCCACUACUGUCUGGGUCAGACCUAUGCUCAGCUGUCCCUGAUGGGCAUGAUUGGCAAGGCCAGUAUGGAGAUGGACUGGGAGCACACCUCGACUCCCAAGUCCGAGGAUAUCAAGGUAUUUGCUACCAUCUUCCCCCAGGAUGACUGCCUGCUCAACUUCCGUCCUCGGGCAUAG